AUCAGUUGAUGAUUCGCGAUUGCAGCGGUUCCGUGUGCCGAAAUGGAUCUCCAGAGUGUCCUGGAGAAAUGCGGCAACUUUGGCCCCUAUCAAAUCCUCCUUCUGGGACUUUUUGGAUACACAAACAUUGUGUCUUCGCUGCACUACUUUUCGCAGACCAUCAUUAGUUUCACGCCAUCGCACAGAUGUUCUCAGCCAAAAGACUAUCAACCAAAUUCCACUUCCCUGCUGUCCUGCAGUAUCGUACAGUUCGAUGUAGAAUUCAAGUGUACCUCCUGGGAUUUUGAAAGAGAAAGCGACUACGAGAGUGUCACUACAGAGCACAAAUGGGUCUGCGACGAUGCCUACAAACUGGCGGUGGGUCAGUCCUUCUUCUUCAUUGGAUCCGCCCUGGGGAGUAUAUUCUUCGGAUACUUGGCCGAUCGCAUAGGACGUCUCCCUGCCUGCGUUCUGUCGACCUUGACAGGAGCCUCUGGGGAUUUCUUUACCUCCUUCGUGGAAAGUUUGCCCUGGUUCUCGUUCACCCGGUUUAUAUCCGGUCUGUCUAUGGACACCCAGUAUGUCCUGAUGUACAUUUUGGUUUUCGAGUACUUGAGUCCACAACACCGCACCUUCGGCCUAAACAUCAUCCUGGGCGUCUUCUACUGCGUUGGGCUAAUGAUAUCCCCGUGGAUAGCUAUUUGGGUGACUAACUGGCGGCAUUACCUCUGGGCUGCAUCACUUCCAGCGCUGGGAAUGCUACUAUUCCCAGUGUUUCUCCACGAAAGCGCGGAGUGGCUGCUGACAAAGGGAAAAUUCGAAAAGGCAGAAAAAAGUCUUCGAGGUGUCGCCAAGUUUAAUGGACGCCAAGUUGAUGACUCUGUUUUCGAUGAGUUCAUUAAGCAUUACCGCGAAAAGCUAAACAACUCACAGAAUAAAACUUCGGAUACCUUUAUGGGUAUGUUGAGGACUCCAAGACUGAGAAAGUUCACCAUUAUUCUAUUGAUCAAAUCAAUGAUCAUUACAAUUGCAUUCGACAUCCUGAGUCGCAAUGUUGAAGGCGUGGGCAUAUCGCCAUUCAAGCUCUUCUCCUACUCUGGAUUUUGUUACCUGCCUGCCGGCCUUACCAUUAUCCUAUUCCAGAACAAAAUCGGGCGAAAGGGCAUGGCAUGCGCCUCCCUGUUCGUGGGUGCCAUAAUCACGGCGGCUACUGGCUACUUAGUGGCCACCUUGGAUCCAGAAGACUACUCUGUCCUUUUGGGAUUCAUGGUCAGUCUGGGAAGAUAUGGCGCAGUGGUGGCCUACGAUGCUGAGGCCCAGUAUGCAGCUGAAAUUAUUCCAACCAGUGUGAAAGGACGAGGAGUGGCCAACAUCCAUGUGGUGGGCAAUGCCUUUGCGUUCUUCAGCUCCUACAUCAUCUACUUGGGAACUUUCUACAAGCCACUGCCAUCUCUAAUGAUCAGUUUCAUUCUGCUAAUCGGCGCUUGUUUGUGCCUGGCUCUACCCGAGACUUUGCACAAAAAUCUUCCCCAGAAUCUAGAGGAGGGCGAAAUGUUUGCGAAAGGCGAGAAAUGGUACUACUUUCCUUGCUUUUCACGCCGACAGAAAUCUCAGAAGUCUGCGUCUCAAUUGGAGUCAUCCGGCGGAAUUACAAAUAAGUUAUAAGUUUUUAUACAAAAUACAAAUACAGAUUACAAGUCACUUCAAAACAUG